AGAAACAACCUUCGGGUACGCUGUUACAUUCUAGCGGCCUGAUGUUGCAACUUGCUGAGUGCCUAUCAUCACUGUGUCCAUUUGACUACUGAUGAUGCUCUCUUGCGAGAAGAACGGGUUCAGGCGGCCCAGAUACCAGGCGUCGGUAAAAAGUCGUGCCAUGUCGCUCAUCGCUGGCCGGCUCGCUCCGGCAGCUGGGAGCCACCUGUUGUGCGAUGGCCGGCGGGUCACAAACUCGGCACCGACCGGCACCGUCUCGUAGCAACCGUUCAUCGAUUCAACCAGACGGCCACACACGCAGGCACCCAUGGAGCUGGACGGUGGUUUGGAUCGCAGUCAGUUUUUAACAGGGCUUGCGAGCGAAGGGCGCGUUGAUUAUACGUGAAAGCGUAUAUUCUAAUCUGGCACGUGAUUUUAGCUGGGGAAAUAAAGUGCAACAUAUUUUAAGAAAUAAAUUUUUGCCUUUGGUUUUCGACAAAGCUUUCGAGGUGUAUUUUAAAUUGCCAACAAAUGGUGCGAGCAUCGUAUUAACGCAAAAAAAAGCUGUCAAAAGUGAGUGCAAAAACAUUAUAUGCAAUCAAGAAGCUAAAGACGUUUGGACGGAAUCUGUGUGAUCCCACAAAAGUUCGUCAUGGCUGCGAGCAUGAUACCAGCGAACGUAUCUCUUGUGAGAUAUGACAACCCGGUUCUCGUCACCAAACAUACCGAAAAGAAAACACCCUAUGCGAAGGACAAAACCACGGUGCCGGUGCCACCGGAGGGCCUGGGCCCGGUGCCCACAGCGGCCCAGUCCGGUCUGAGCAAGCGGCCCGGUCACGGGGACGCCAAACAGGAUACGGAGGAGGUGCUCAACUCCAUCAUCCCGCCGCGCGAGUGGGAGGAGGAAGGCGGCCAGCUGUGGCGCCAGCAGGUCUCCACCACGCCGGCCACCCGGCUGGACGUGCUCAACCUGCAGGAGCAGCUGGACAUGAAGCUACAGCAGCGGCAGGCCAGGGAGACAGGAAUCUGUCCGGUCAGACGCGAACUGUAUUCACAGGCAUUUGACGAAGUGAUUCGUCAGGUGACGAUCAACUGCGCCGAGCGCGGCCUGCUGCUGCUGCGGAUCAGAGACGAGCUGCGGAUGACGCUCUCCGCCUACCAGACGCUCUACGAGAGCAGCUGCGCCUUCGGCAUGCGCAAGGCGCUGCAGGCCGAGCAGGGCAAGGAGGAGCUGGAGGCGUCCAUCGCGCAGCUGGAGGUGGACAAAGAGGAACUGCUGCGACAGGUGACGGAGCUGCGUGCCAAGUGUGACCAGAUCGAGCGGAGGGCCCAGGAGCAGCGGCAGGCCGAGGAGCGGAAACACGCCGAGGAGAUCCAGUUCCUGAAGCGUACCAACCAACAGCUGAAGACCCAGCUGGAGGGCAUCAUAGCGCCCAAAAAGUAGACGGCAUUGGCUUGUAAGAAAAACUAACAUUGUGAAAUGGGAUGGAUGGGAUGAGUGGUAUAGGUGGGAUCCACUUGAAUGAAAUGCGUUUGUCUAAUUCUAGGAGUCGGCAGCAGGAAUUAUUUGUUGAAUGGGAUGAUAGAUCUGUUUUAGAGCGCGAUAUGGGAUGAAUAUCGAGGAUCAACUGCCACUUUGUCGUUGUCCAGUGAAAUCAUUGUGAGCUGCACUGGAAGAUUUGCGCAAAUUUGUUACUUUAUAUACCUACCUGUAACAGACGUUCACAGUUCUUUCAAAUAAAAUGAUAUAUCAAUAGA